AUGGCUUCCGCCACUUCUCCCGCCAUUUCUACCGUUACCAUCUUCACACUCUUCUUCUUCUUCACCUUGUGCGUCCUCUCCUCCUCAUCACCAUCCACCAUCGGUGUCGGCUACAUUUCGAACGUUCUAGAACUUCAGGACCGCGAGAGGGCCCCGCCCUAUGUCCAAGUCGCCGCCGCUCGCGGAGUCCUCCACCGCCUUCUUCCUUCCCACUCCUCCAGCUUCGACUUCCAAAUCGUCUCGAAGGAGCAAUGUGGUGGUGCUUCCUGUUUUAUGAUUAAGAACCAUCCUUCUUUUCGUAGACGAGGAAUCGAUCCACAGAUUCUGAUUUCCGGAGUCACUGGAGUGGAGAUUUUGGCUGGUCUGCACUGGUAUUUGAAGAAUUGGUGCGGCUCACAUAUAUCUUGGGAUAAAACUGGCGGUGCGCAACUAUUUUCAGUCCCAAAAGCAGGUUUACUCUCUUGUGUAGGAGAUGGUGGCAUUUUAGUCCAGAGACCUGUUCCUUGGAACUAUUACCAGAAUGCUGUUACAUCUAGCUAUUCUUUGGCCUGGUGGGACUGGAUUAGAUGGGAAAAGGAGAUUGAUAUGAUGGCCCUCCAGGGUAUCAAUUUGCCAUUAGCAUUUACAGGUCAAGAGGCUAUAUGGCAGAAAGUUUUCCAGAAAUUUAACAUAAGCAAAUCAGAUUUGGAUGAUUUCUUUGGAGGCCCUGCAUUCCUUUCAUGGUCUCGAAUGGGAAAUCUGCACGGAUGGGGUGGACCUCUCCCACAAAGUUGGCUUGAUCAACAGCUGAUUCUGCAGAAAAGAAUUCUUGACAGAAUGUAUGAACUUGGAAUGACUCCAGUUCUUCCAGCAUUUUCCGGGAAUGUUCCAGCAGCACUCAAAACUAUAUAUCCAGCAGCAAAGAUAACACAGUUAGGAAACUGGUUUUCUGUUAAGAGUGACCCUAGAUGGACGUGCACUUACCUUCUUGAUGCAACUGAUCCCUUAUUUGUUGAAAUUGGGAAAACAUUCAUUGAGGAACAACUAAAAGAAUACGGAAGGACAAGUCACAUAUACAACUGUGAUACUUUCGAUGAGAAUACUCCACCCGUUGAUGAUCCAGAGUACAUCUCUGCAUUAGGUAAAACAAUAUUUAAGGGACUGCAAAGUGGAGAUAAGGACGGGGUCUGGCUAAUGCAGGGGUGGUUAUUUUCAUAUGAUCCAUUCUGGAGGCCUGCACAAAUGAAGGCACUUUUACAUUCUGUUCCUGCAGGGAGGAUGGUAGUCCUUGAUCUGUUUGCUGAAGUGAAACCAAUUUGGACUACUUCAGAGCAGUUCUAUGGUGUUCCUUACAUCUGGAAAUUUGGUAUUCAUUACAGGUGUAUGCUGCACAACUUUGCAGGAAACGUUGAGAUGUACGGCGUUUUGGAUGCAAUAGCAUCCGGACCAAUUGAUGCUUGGACAAGUGAAAACUCAACCAUGGUUGGGGUUGGAAUGUCAAUGGAAGGUAUAGAACAGAAUCCUGUUGUUUAUGAUCUAAUGUCUGAGAUGGCUUUUCAGCAGAACAAAGUUGAUGUUAAGGACUGGAUUAAUCUGUACUCAACGAGACGUUAUGGUCGUGCAGUUCCUUUAGUGCAAGACGCCUGGAGUAUAUUGCGUCAUACCACCUAUAAUUGCACUGAUGGUGCCUACGACAAAAAUAGGGAUGUGAUUGUGGCAUUUCCGGAUGUUGAUCCAUCCUUUAUAGCAAGACCGCCUCAAGGUUAUUACCAAAAUGAGAAAUCAUUAGUGUCAAGAAGAGCAGAACUCCUGGAGGAAGUAACUGAUUCAUUCGAGCGACCUCAUUUAUGGUAUUCGACUUCUGAAGUAGUACAUGCAUUAGAACUUUUCAUUGCAAGUGGAGAUGAACUCUCAGGAAGCAACACUUACAGGUAUGACCUUGUAGACCUGACAAGACAAGCUUUAGCCAAGUAUGCAAAUGAGCUGUUUCUGAAGGUCAUAGAAGCCUAUCAUUUAAAUGAUACCCUUGAAGUAGUUGGCCUCAGCCAGAAGUUUUUGGAACUGGUUGAAGACAUGGACACACUCUUAGCAUGCCAUGAUGGAUUUCUUCUAGGACCGUGGUUGGAAAGCGCAAAGAAACUUGCCCAAGACAAAGAGCAGGAAAUACAGUUUGAAUGGAAUGCUAGAACUCAAAUAACUAUGUGGUUCGACAACACAGAAGAGGAGGCAAGUCUUCUUCGCGACUACGGAAACAAGUACUGGAGCGGGCUUCUGCGAGACUACUAUGGUCCCCGAGCAGCCAUAUACUUCAAGUACCUGAUAAAAAGCUUGGACGAGGGUAGUGAUUUUGACUUGAAGAACUGGAGGAGGGAGUGGAUCAAGCUCACAAAUGACUGGCAAAGCAGCCGGAACACAUUCCCGGUGAAAAGCACCGGAAAUGCGGUGACUACUUCUCGGUUGCUUUUCGAAAAGUACUUACGAAGCGCUGACAUAGAAUCACCGGAUGAAGCUGCUAUUAUGCAAUAGCCUUUUGAUCGAUCGAGAAAACCUCUUUACUGUACUCCUUGUAAUAAGAAGAGUUUGUAGU